AUGACACCAUCUAAUUUUACUAUACCCAAUAGUAAAGGACAGAUUGCAGAUUCAGUCACUCAACCGUAUCCAGAUUGGUCCCUUGGGUAUUAUCAGGUACCGGGUAGGUACCAGUAAUACGUACUUCAUGUACUCAUAACAUACGAGGUACUUCGUAACACCAUAUUCCCCCAUUCCUCGACCCUUCGAGAUCCAUCCGUACAGAGUAAUGGGUAAUGCAAGCAUAUCAACCCGAGAUCUUGUGACCCCCAAGUUAUCCUUAGCCCUCCAAUCCUCAGACUCAGAUCAUCAAAUGGGCCAUUCUCAACUCAUCCAAUUGGCCUCCCACGCCCAAAAAUCCCAAACAGUAGUGCCAGCAAAGAAAAAGCAUCCUGUUUCGUCAUCUUCCCUGACCUGAUUGAUGGGCUCGGAAUGUUUAUUGCUAUCAGAUCACCUGGUGAUACCCGGCCUCAACCAAAAAUCACGACAUCGGAAGCACGCAACGUAAGCCAUGGCAAAGGCAAGCAAGCAAAGGGUCGAAGCUCAAGUCAAAGAGAAGCUAAAUCUGGCCCGACCGAACUUUACCCAGAUCAUGCCUCCAUCGACACAUCUCUCCCAAGUAAAACAAUGAUAUGA